AUGGCGGCUUCGCCUCUGCGAGUGCUGGCGUGCGGCGACGUGGAGGGGCGGCUGGAGGCGCUUUUCGGGCGGGUCAGGGCCAUCCAGGGCAAGAGCGGCCGCUUCGACAUGCUUUUGUGUGUUGGGAAUUUUUUUGGCUCGACUUCAGAAACGGAAUGGGCAGAGUACCGCACAGGGGCCAAGAAAGCUCCCAUUCCAACCUACGUGCUGGGUGCUAAUGGCCCAGAGACUGUGAGCUAUUUUCCAGACAUCAGUGGCUGUGAACUGGCUGAGAACAUCACUUACUUAGGCCGCCGGGGGCUCUACAGUGGUGCUUCUGGACUGCAGAUUGCAUACCUGAGUGGUACUGAGGCCCAGCAAGAGCCAGCUCCUGCCUACAGUUUCAGUGCAAAGGAUGUGGCAGAACUGAAAAUGUCUUUGUUGUCAACGCCCAGCUUCAAAGGCGUGGAUAUAUUGCUGACAUCCCCCUGGCCCUGGGGCGCAGAGACCUUUGGUAACAGCACGGGAGAAAUAAAUACCAAGAAAUGUGGCUCCAAGUUAGUGUCUGAUCUAGCUGCAAGUCUCAAACCAAGGUACCACUUUGCUGCCCUGGAGAAGGCUUACUAUGAAAGACUUCCUUACAGAAACCACACUGUGCUCCAGGAGUCCCCUCAGCACGUCAGCAGGUUUAUUGCCCUCGCUGAUGUCGGCAAUGCAGGCAAGAAAAAGUAUCUCUAUGCCUUCAGCAUUGUUCCAAUGAGCAUGAUGGACCCUGCAGAGCUUGUGAAACAGCCCCAGGAUGUCACUGAGAAUCCAUACAGAAAGCUGCAGAAGGCAGCACAGAAGAGUAGAACACCACUGCCUGCAGAGGAAGAGCCAGCUUCUCAGUUUUUCUUUGAUUUGAAGAAGCAUCAGGGAAAGAAACGUCCCUCAGAUGGGAAGGAGAGAGGCAACUCCCAACCUAAGCAAGCCAGAAAGCCUCCACAGCCCACAGGGCCCUGCUGGUUCUGCCUGGCCAGCCCCGAGGUGGAGAAGCACCUGGUUGUCAGCAUCGGAACACAGUGCUAUCUUGCCUUGGCCAAAGGUGGCUUGUUGCCUGACCAUGUCCUGAUUUUGCCUAUUGGGCACUAUCAGUCAGUGGUUGACUUGUCUUCAGAUGUGGUAGAAGAAGUGACCAAGUACAAGUCUGCCCUAAAGGAGUUUUUCAGAAGCAAGGGCAAGAGAUAUGUCCUGUUUGAAAGAAACUACAGGAGUCAGCACCUGCAGUUACAGGUGGUUCCUCUCCCCUUGGACCAGUGUACUUCUGAAGAGAUUAAAGAAUCCUUUAUUGCACAGGCACAGGAGCAGCAGAUUGAAUUGUUGGAGAUCCCGGAGCACACGGAUAUCACACAAGUGGUGCAGCCGGGGACACCCUACUUCUAUGUGGAGCUGGACACGGGGGAGAAGCUCUUCCACCGCAUCCGUGGCCGCUUCCCGCUGCACUUCGGCAGGGAGGUGCUGGCGAGCGAGGCGCUGCUGGCGGUGCCGCAGAGGGCCGACUGGCGGCAGUGCGCCGCCGAGCGGUCGGAGGAGGAGGCGCAGGCCCGCGCCUUCCGCCGCGACUUCCAACCCUUCGACUUCGCCCUCCGGGCCUGA